AAAGUCGCGAUACCGCGAGAUAAUACACAGCCCAAGUGGCUCGAGUUAGUAGCAGCGAGUAGCUGCUAGUGGGUGGUUUGUUUACUUGUUUGUAUCCGCGUUGUUCAACUUCAAGCGGUUGCUACUCCAGAGACCGGAUUAAGGUGUGAUCAAACAUGCUGCGCUUCGAGUGCAACCAUCGGAACCUGCUGCUGUUGACGGUGGCCGCGCUGUUUGGGCUCGGGGCCAUGACGGUCGGCGUGGUCUUUGUUCUGCACGAGCACGAGUUGGACGAGUUUGGGGUCAGGACGACGAAGCGCCAGGGCGCGGUGGCGUCCAACGCGUACGAGUGUGCCCCCGUUGGGGCGGACAUUCUGAGGGAGGGUGGAUCGGCGGCGGACGCAGCCAUAGCUAUGAUGAUCUGCGAGGAGGUCGCGUGUCCGGAGAGCGCUGGGAUUGGGGGCGGGUUCCUGGCGACGAUCUACGACCGGGAGAAGGGGACCGUUGAGGUGUUGGACGCCCGGGAGGUUGCGGCGAACGGGGCACGGGAAGAUAUGUUCGUGGGGAAUGGGGAAGCCGCGGUGCACGGAGGGUUGGCCAUUGCGACGCCCGGGGCGUUGAAGGGGUACUGGGUGAUGCACCAACGGUACGGGAAGUUGCCGUGGAAGAGACUGAUCGACCCUUCGAUUGACCUUUGCUACAGGGGACACAUUGUGAAUCCGUACAUGGCGGAUGCCAUGCUGGAAAUACGGGAGGAGAUCCUGCACACAAGUUCUUUGAGGGAGAUUUUUGUAGAUCCGGAGACCGGGGACAUUUUCAAGGAGGGGGACAUCAUCAAGCGACCGGAUUUCGCCAGGACCUUAAAGGUGAUCGCCGUAGAGGGAGCCGAUGCUUUGUACUCCAAAAAUGGAAGUCUUCUUCCAAUCUUGCUGAAAGACCUGAAGGCGUUUGGAAGUAUCAUCACGGAGCAGGACUUUCUGAGCUACGAACCCCGUUGGCUACCUCCGGUCUCAACCGUACUCCGCAACGGUAACGCCGUGUACAGCGCCGCCCUCCCGGGCGGUGGCACCAUCCUGAUGCACAUGCUGAACGUCCUGGACGGGUACGACGAUCUGGACCCGAGCGACCCCCUCACCUGGCACCGGGUCAUCGAGACGUUCAAACACGCUUACGGAGUCCGUACCCGACUGGGCGAUCCCCCCUUCGUUCCAGGAAUCGAGGAAAUGAUCCGUAAUCUCACCAGUAAAGACUACGCGGACUACAUCCGGGCCAAGAUCGACGACAACCGGACGUACACCAGUUACGAGUUUUACGGGGCGGACUUCGCCAACCCGGAAGAUCUGGGCACGGCUCACGUUUCGGCGCUGGCGCCGAAUGGCGACGCCGUGGCGGCCACCGGAACCAUCAACGACUAUUUCGGCGCCCAGCUGCGCUCCCCCAGCACCGGCAUCAUCCCGAACGGAGAAAUGGACGACUUCUCAACGCCGGGCGUCAUCAACAUCUACGGCGUGCCGGCAUCGCCGGCCAACUUCAUCGCGCCCAAGAAGCGCCCCCUCUCCUCCAUGUCGCCGGCGAUCGUCAUCGACGGGGCCGGAGACGUCCGGUUGAUUGCCGGCGGAGCUGGCGGAACCCGGAUCACCACCGCAACGCUGCAGCUCAUCCUGCGGCACGCGUUCUUCGGGGAAGAUCUCCGGGCGGCUAUGGGUGGGCCCCGGGUUCAUCACCAGCUGGCACCGAUGUGGAUCGAGUACGAGGCUGCGGUGGAUCCGACCAUUGUUGAGCAGUUGAAGGCGCGGGGUCACGCAGUGAAGAAGGUGCGACGGGUUGCAACGGAGACUGCGGUCGCUAGGGAGCGGGACGGGAGGGUUAGCGCGGCGUUCGAUCCGAGGAGACCCGGGAGUGCGGAGGUUGUGGAGGGGUGAGUGGAACAGUAUUGAUGGAGUUCAGUCAUAUUGUAGAUCUUAAAUCAAAUAAAAUCUCAAAGUGUCAUUACCGCAAAAUA